GUUCGCAAAGGAGGAAGCCAGGAAAUUUGUCUCAGCUGCAAGAAACAGCGGUGGCGAAUUAUCAUGGUAAACAAGGCUUACUGACCUCUGCUGAAUUAUUUUAUUUGUAGUUCCGGUGUAGGAGAUGCGAGCAGCGUUGCGCCUGGCAGUAGUGGCAGUCCCUAUGGGUGUGCUGCUGUCCCGGACCAUGGCGUGGAUGUCCAGCGGCAAAACACAUCCAGAGCUCAUCAGCAGGCUGAGGGAUCAUGGGGUGAUCCGCAGUGACCAAGUGUUUGAUGCCAUGCUGGCUACAGACAGAGGGCUCUACUCUGCAGACUAUCCUUAUGCAGACUCUCCUCAGUCCAUAGGCUACAGGGCAACUAUCAGUGCACCGCACAUGCAUGCUCAUGCUUUGGAGCUGUUACGUGACAAACUAACUGAAGGAGCAUCUGCACUAGAUGUGGGUUCAGGAAGUGGAUAUCUCACUGCCUGCUUUGCAAGAAUGACAGGACCCAGUGGUAGAGUGGUUGGCAUUGAACACAUCGAUGAACUGGUUCAAAUGUCAAUCAAAAAUGUGCAAGCUGAUGACCCAGAACUGCUCACCUCUGGUCGCAUCAAACUUCUAGUGGGAGAUGGAAGGCUCGGCUUCCCAGACGGAGCGCCGUAUGAUGCCAUUCAUGUUGGUGCAGCUGCGGCGACGGUUCCUAAGUCUCUCUUGGAGCAGCUGAAGCCCGGUGGGCGGUUGGUUCUCCCAGUAGGUCCUGACGGUGGCACUCAGGUGCUAGAACAGUACGACCGGCAGAGUGAUGGGACCUUUCUCAAGAAAGCUUUGAUGGGAGUGGUGUACGUCCCCCUGACUGACAAGAGGCGCCAGUGGCCAGGAGGUGAGCUCUGACUGCAGUGUGGUUGCCCCUGCAGGAGGUGGCGUUGGUGCUGCAUGUCCGGGCCCCCAUAGCACUUCUCCUGGUUUUACUGAGCCCCAGACUUAAUGGCCACCUGCCCCGCUGGGUUGUCACCAAGCAACGUACAAGGAGGAUCUCGCUCUGUUUGCCCAACCAGAUUGUCUUCCAAGAGUGCUGAAACAGUGAGUGACUGACUGAGUGACCACGGCUGGACUGAUGACCCUCCUCCCAGUGUCCUUGGAGUCAGUUUAAGUGAUUCACAAUAUUCUUUAUGGAUAAUUUAGUGAUGUUCAGCCAUGACAAAAAUGCAAUUGCAGCUUGAGGAGCUACAGUAUGUGUCCUUCUGGAUGCUUGUGGGGAAAUUCAGAUGAAUGUUAAUUUGUGAGUCUGUGUGUAAUGUAAUGGGAAUGCUUUGUUAAUGAAUGCAGUAACACAUGAAGACAAACCCAAGUACAAGCCAAGGAAUUUAAAUGAAAAGUCAGCUAAUUAAUAAAAUAACAUAUAUUUUGUGGUAAGAAGUUCUUACUGGCUUCAUAUGCUGUGUGUAGGAUAAGUCCUGUUGAUGUUGUUACUGGAGAGCAGAGGAUGCAUUGUGCCAAAAAUUGAUUCAUUAAGGCACUUUUUUAACUAUACAAAAAUGAUUUAUGUGUAUACUUAUUAUAUUUAUUAAUAAAACCCAUCAAAUGUA